CCCUGUUUCUCUGAUCUGUUGGCAGACUCUUUCACAUUGACCCUUCAAUCUCCAUUAAGAACCCACCUAUAUAUAGCAACUUCAAUCUCUUACACACACAUACCAUUUCAUUAGGCACCACUUCCUCCUCUGUGUCUCCCUCUCUUUCUUCUUUUAUAAACACCAUCCUUCUUCUCCUCUCUCCGCAAUCAUGGCAGACCCCAACCCAUUUCUUCCUAUCUCCCAGCCACUGCACCCCACCUACACUUCUCUCCCAGAUGUCUCACACCGCCGCUUCUCCAAGAAACUCCUCUUCGGAGUCUUUUCUGCGUUGUCCCUGGUUUUGUUGUUUGUAGCAUUAGUUAUUGAUCAGAAAGGAUCCGAGCAGACCUUCCCUUCACGAGAAAAUGAAAAUGUGGCUUCAUUGUCUUUGCCAAAAGAAACGGCGAAGCCCGAGACUUUGAGGCCUAUCUCCCGUGGCGUCUCCGCCGGUGUGUCUGAGAAAGCUAGCCUCAUCUCUAGCGGAUCGGCAUCCUCGGAGGAGCAGUAUCCAUGGAACAAUAGCAUGUUAUCAUGGCAAAGGACAGCUUUCCAUUUCCAGCCUGAGAAGAACUGGAUGAAUGACCCUAAUGGUCCAUUGUUUUACAAGGGCUGGUACCAUUUCUUCUAUCAGUACAAUCCAAAUGCUGCUGUGUGGGGUGACAUAGUCUGGGGCCAUGCUGUGUCAAGGGACUUGAUCCACUGGCUUCACCUCCCAUUGGCAAUGGUUGCCAAUCAAUGGUACGACCAAAAUGGUGUGUGGACUGGCUCCGCCACCAUCCUCCCAGAUGGCAAUAUUAUUAUGCUAUACACUGGAUCCACCAAUGAGUCUGUUCAGGUGCAGAAUCUUGCUUAUCCAGCAGACGCCAAUGAUCCUCUUCUCCUUGAAUGGACCAAAUACUCCGGUAAUCCUGUUCUAGUGCCACCACCAGGCAUUGACAUCAAGGAUUUCCGUGAUCCAACGACAGCUUGGUACACUUCUGAGGGGAAAUGGCGCAUCAGUAUAGGAUCUAAAGUUGGUAAAACUGGCGUAGCUUUAAUCUACGACACCGAGGACUUCAUAAAUUAUAAUUUGAAAUCUGAGGCACUUCAUGGUGUCCCUGGCACUGGCAUGUGGGAGUGUGUGGACUUUUACCCUGUUUCGAAGAAGUAUCAACAUGGAUUGGAUACAUCUGAUAAUGGUCCUGAUGUAAAACACGUGGUUAAGGCAAGCCUUGAUGAUGAUAGGCAUGAUUACUAUGCAAUUGGAACUUACGAUGAAUUGAACAGUAAAUGGACUCCAGACAAUCCAGAUAUUGACGUCGGUAUUGGUCUUAGGUAUGAUUAUGGUAUAUUCUACGCAUCCAAGACAUUUUAUGAUCACCAUAAGGGGAGGAGGGUGUUGUGGGGUUGGAUCGGCGAGUCUGAUAGUGAACUUGCUGAUGUCAAGAAAGGAUGGGCAUGUCUUCAGGCCAUUCCAAGGACAGUCUCCCUGGACACAAAGACCGGCAGCAAUCUGCUUCAAUGGCCAGUUGAAGAGGUAGAGAAUUUGAGACUAAGAGCCCGAGAAUUUAAAAAGGUGGAGGUCGAGCCCGGGUCAGUUGUGCCCCUUGAUCUUGAUGCAGCCACACAGCUAGAUAUCGUUGCGGUGUUCGAGUUAGACAAGGAUGCAUUGAUGAAGACAGCUGAAUCCACUGAGGAGUUCAGCUGCAAAACAAGUAGAGGAGCUGCUCACCGCAAUGCGUUAGGCCCCUUCGGUCUUCUGGUUCUUGCUGAUGACAGCCUUGCCGAGCAGACCCCUGUAUACUUCUACAUUAACAAAGGAAGUAAUGGCACCUUCAAAACUUUCUUCUGCACAGAUCAAUCAAGGUCUUCUGCAGCAAAUGAUGUUAACAAACAAAUUUAUGGUAACUUUGUUCCAGUCCUUGAGGGUGAAAAAUUCACUCUAAGGAUAUUGGUGGAUCAUUCGAUAAUCGAAAGCUUUGCCCAAGGGGGUAGAACAACCAUCACUUCCCGGGUUUAUCCAACAAGGGCAAUCUAUGGAAGUGCCAAGGUCUUUUUGUUCAACAAUGCUAUUGAAACCAAUGUUACUGCUUCACUCAAGAUAUGGCAAAUGAAUUCCGCGUUUAUUCGUCCCUAUCCAAAUAUCCGGUAGACUGUGAAACUCAUCUUUCCAAGUCUACCUCAUUUUUUGCAAUUUGUACAAUAAUCUUUUUCUUUUUUCCAUUGCAUUUGUCCAAUUUGCUUGGUUUCCUAUUCAAGUCUAUUUCAUUUUGAUCAUUAGAUGAGAAAGGUUAAAGAGAUAGGCCUGCUAGAAGUAGAAGAGUAUGUAAACAUGUUAAAGUGUGCAAAGCAUUUGGUAUGAUUACUUGUAUAGCAAUUGAUUCUGAAAUUUUAGUAUUUGAGUUUGAGAAUAA